AUGCCUCAGAACGAGUACAUUGAGCGCUGGCAGAAGCAGCACGGCAAGCGCUUCGACCACGACGAACGCAAGCGCAAGCGCAUUGCCCGAGAAGGCCACGAUGGCUCUAAGAAAGCGCAAAACUACCGCGGCCUGCGCGCCAAACUCUACGCCGAAAAGCGGCGCAAGGAAAAGAUCCAGAUGAAAAAGACGAUCCGCGCACACGAAGAACGCAACGUCAAGACCUCCGAGCCCGCAGAGCCCUCCACCGAAGCCCUGCCCCAAUAUCUUCUUGACCGCAGCAACGAGAAGAACGCAAAAGCUCUGUCCAGCGCCAUCAAGCAGAAGCGCAAUGAGAAAGCAGCCCGCUUUUCCGUCCCGCUGCCCAAGGUCAAGGGUAUCAGUGAGGAGGAAAUGUUCAGCGUCGUUAAGACGGGAAAGAAGACGGCGAAGAAGAGCUGGAAACGUAUGAUUACCAAGCCCACGUUUGUUGGGCCCGGGUUCACGCGUCGACCUGUCAAGUAUGAGCGCUUCAUUAGGCCCAUGGGUUUGAGAUACAAGAAGGCGAACGUCACGCACCCGGAGUUGAGCGUGACGGUCCAGCUGCCGAUCAUCAGCGUGAAGAAGAACCCGCAGAACCCGUUGUACACGCAGUUGGGCGUGCUGACCAAGGGUACGAUUAUCGAGGUCAAUGUGUCUGAGUUGGGACUUGUGACGGCGGGUGGAAAGGUUGUGUGGGGAAGAUAUGCUCAAAUCACAAACAACCCCGAGAACGAUGGCUGCUUGAACGCUGUUCUGCUGGUUUAA